AUGCAUCUACAAAGUAAUUCAGCUUCCAGUGAAGACGGUCUGCGGGGGUCAGGGCCGAUCGUGCAUCUGAUGGAGAUGAUUGUCUUCUACUUAAAGACAUGUUUGGCGUUCGUGGUUCCCGAAGACAGGUUGUUUGGGGUGCGGCUUCCUAACGGCACCUGGAAUGGCAUCUUUGGCUUGAUACAGGAACAGGUUAGUGAAAAAGACCACAAGAGGUCUUACUGGAGCUUACUUAGUAGGUACUCCAGUGUAGCAGCAGCACUCAGCCUUACGCCGCCUGAUAUUGUCCUGCAGAAGGUGGACAUGAGUGGCGUGCCGCUCAUUACUUCGCCGGAACGCUUCAGAUUAUUUGACACCGGGGAGUGGGUUCUAUCAGGUUUCCGCUCCAUCGCGCACAAGCGUCCCACACCUGAGGCAGACAUCCUAGGCUUCAUUAAGCCCUUCACCAUGCAGGUAAGUUUGUUUGGGGACUCUUCCUCGGGACUGUUCUCGCUGUGUGGAUGUGUCUGUGGGCCACGCAGAGCCUUCAGCGCUCUAACGUUAGAAAAUUCCAUCUUUGCGGCCUUGAAGAUAGUUGUGUAUGCCUCGGCCUGGCUGCCGCGCGGUGGUGUGCGGCUGGCUGCUGGCGUGUGGAUGUUGCUGACCCUCGUCCUCACUCAAAUGUAUCGCUCCAACCUGAAGGCCAUGAUGAUUCUGCCGCGCCUACCCCUGCCCUUUGAUUCUCUGGAGGAGCUCAUCGAGUCAGGCAUCUCCUGCUACGUGGUUCCCGCCACCAAGCUCCACAAUGCAAUUCUGGUAAACACACGUCUGAUUAUGCAUUGCGGGAAGCCCUACCAUUCAAAGGGUUCAUGUUUUUGCUUCACUGGUGGUCUUUUUUUGUCGCAAAUUAAUGACGCAGACCCUGACAGCCAAUUUGGUCGUUUUCGAAGUCAGAUAGUGGUUCACAACAACCAAGGUAGAGCCAUCCGCGACCUCAUCCAAGGCAAACACGCCGCCGUGGCCGUCCAUAUCGCCCUGCUCAACAUCAUCCAUAGUACUUAUCGUAAUACGGCGACCUGUCCCAUUUACAUUGCCUCGGAGGCUGUACAACCUGAAUGGAACUUUUUUGUAUAUGAGAAGAAUUCCUCGUUGAGAGUCAAAGUGGACAUGAUUAUUAGGAGGUUGAGGGAGGCCGGUAUUCUGGAGAGACUUUUCAUGGAGGAGCAACGUGAUGCCCGAUACUGCCUCCAGGGGGGCGCCUCGGAUCCCCUGGUCAACAAGUUGCGUGCCCUCGAGUUCAAAGACUACUACGGCGUCCUUAUGGUGUAUUGCGGAGGAAUGAUGCUCGCGGCCAUGACUCUACUGAUGGAGGUGGUGCGCGGAGUUGUCAACACCACACACGGGUCUUCCAUUAUUUAUCCCUUUGUGUCUGUCCCACCUGCUCGUGUACCCUGGAUUGGCGCACUUCCUGCCGCCCCUGCCGGGUUGAAGUGAAGCGUUACGUACUACGUCCAGACAGUGUAGCUAUACCGCGUAGCCUGCCACUGACCAUUGCUCAUGCUGGAACUAAAUUGAACUCCGAAUGUUAUCUGCCUUGACAUGCAAUAUAACAAGAAUAUAAUAAAAAAUGAACACUAAAUGAUUCUCUCUCUCUCUCUC